UAAAUAGAAUUGUGAUUGAAUUCCUAUACAGAUAGAGGUUGAUCUUCUGUGCUUACUACUUUCAUGUGGUGUAGAAAAACACAACAAUUAGCUGCACGAAUUUAACGCAAUUUAUAUAAAUGCAGAUUAAGUUACGACUUAUAAAUAUGAGAUUAUUGUAACUGCAUUGUGUGGAAAGAAGAAGCAAAUACAAUUGUAAAUUAACUUCUAGCAAUAUAUGCCCCUUUAUCAAUUAAUUGAAAGACUCGACUACUAAUUAUCUUUACAUCAGUAAUACUUAGUAUUAUAGCGUGUCCAACAAAGACAAUAAAAUUAUAAUAGCUACGUCAAACAAAAUAUUAACGUAGAAAUAAUUGGAGUAUUGUAAAAUCAGUGAUGUCCGAUAAGUCACAGCGAUAGUAUAUCUGCAUUAACCGGUAAAAUGAAUUGGUAGUAAACAUUUGCAAUCCUCAUAUUUGUGUUUUGAAAAAAGCCAAAUAGUUCUGAAUUUGAAAUACAGAUAUGCUUAAAGAACAUCAAGUUAGUGUUUUAUUAAAAUUAAGUAGUUUAAAAUGAGUUCCAUAAUAAUCUAAUAAAUAUAGAUAAUAUGUGAAACAUGCACCAAUGUAUAUGUACAUAGAAUAUAAUAUCACUCGGCACCAAUUAAAAAAGUAGUGACAAUAGUAAAUGUAUUCAUUAAACAAGUCAUAUAGUACAAUACACUAAUUCAUUCAAUUCGUUAGUGUGAACAUUUUUAUAUGUAAAAAUAUUUCACUCGAUACUGAAGAUUUAAUCAUAAUUUAUUGAAAGUAAAAAAUAAAAAAUGUGCUUAAAAAUUAAAUAAAUAAUUUUGUCGCAUGUCGUAAGCGACUAACCGGAUGUAUUCUCUGUUUUGGAUGAAUUGAUGUUGGUUAAAAAAUAGGAGAUAAAAAUGUUUAAGUCGAAGACAUUGACUCGUCAAAUUGCAAAAGAAUACCGGAUGUGGCGUAAAUUCAGCAGCCAUAACAAAGGUUGUGGGAGUAUGGCUAAAUAUCCAUCAACUCAAUUCAAACUACAACGUGCGUUAAUCAUUACCAAAUUUUCACGAUAUGAAUUCGAACAGAUGCGCCACCCACAACUCAGUCAAGAACAAUUGGAGAAGAAGCUGCGGGAUCGUGGCACUGACUUUGAAAUGCUUAUGUAUCUGCACAAUUUACACAAGAACUUUGAAAGAAACGUUGUGCAAAGUUUUCUCAAUGUGGGGUGUGAAGUGAAGGUGUCUAAUAGAGUCGAAUUUAGAAGCUCUCUAAGCAAAGAGAUCAUGAAAUGGGCUGAUUUGAUUGUACCGGUAGGCGGUGAUGGAACGUUUUUGCUAGCAGCUGGGCGUGCAAGUCCUCUAUUCGCUCAAAGUCAACAUAAAACACCCAUUGUUGGCUUUAAUUCAGAUCCCGCGCGAUCUGAAGGACGAUUAAUGUUACCAAAACAUUAUACAGAAAAUACCGCUGAUGCGGUUAGCAAGAUAAAGAGCGGUGAUUUUCAAUGGAUGUAUCGUACUCGUAUCCGUACAUCUAUACUAGGCAGUAAUGGCAAAAUACCCGAAUCUACCGACUUAUAUCGACACACUGUAACCAAAAUGGAACAAGAGAAAACUGAACCAGAAUACUUGAGUAAAGUGUGGUCAUUACGUUAUAAGGCCAAAAUGAAAAGAGUUUUACCUUAUUUGGCAUUAAACGAGGUGUUUAUAGGGGAGCAACUUUCUGCUCGUGUAUCCCAUUUACAAUUAGUUAUCAAUCACGAGAACAUAGACAAUAAAACCAAAUGUUCGGGGUUAUGUGUUAGCACUGGCACAGGAUCUACUUCAUGGCAUACAAGUAUAAAUCGCAUUACAUCCCAACAAGUAGAAGACUUAGUGAGCAUAUUGCCGAACAAUGAACCGGGCGGUGGCAAGCAAAAAACAAUUUUUGAUUCAGACGAAAUUGCUACUCAAUACAAUCAAAAUUUACGCUUUGCUCCAGAUGAUCCACGUCUGUGCUAUUCGAUACGUGAGCAAAUUUGUGUGGGAGUUUGGCCUAGUCCAAGGAACUUUAAGGCACGCAAAUUUGUAAAUAGCUUAUUUGUAAAGUCACGUUGUAUUGAUGCGAAUCUUGUUAUUGAUGGUAGUAUAUCAUAUCCAUUUAAUGAUGGGGCGAAGGCGUUGCUGGAAGUAUACCCCGAAGAUUCAUUGCUGACCAUAUCAUUGGACUAAGUCUAUUUUAAGCAUAACGCAUAAAUAUUAUGGAUGUUAAAAAUAUUGUAUAGAACCGUAAUAAUUAUUCAAAUUUAUGUAUAUAUAAAUAUUAUUAGAUAGUAGAUUUAAGAUUACAUCAGUUAUGAAUGUAAAGUGUGCCUGCCUAGUGCGUAUUUAAUUAUUUAUAAAAAAUACAUAUAUUUGCAUAUACAUAUAUAUGUACAUAUUUCAAACCAUGGAUCUUACAUACUAAACGACUAAUUUUUGGUUUAUUUUUCUUUGUAUUGAAAAUUAUUGAAAUAAUGCUAUUGAAUUUUAAAUUUAAAAUUUAAUAUAAAAUCUACAUAAAUUAACAAAUAUAAAAUUAUUAUUCAGGUGUGACCUUUUAAUAAACAAUGUUUCUUAUGUAUCAAUAUAUUAUUCGGAAAUAUGUCUUAGGUAUUUUGCUAGGAAUAAAAUAACCAUUUAUAUAUAACCAUUUUAAAUUCUUUAGUUUCUUGUUUUAUUUCUAAUAUGCUUUACAUUCACUUUGGGUUUAUGUUUAUUAAUUUUUUUUGAUUUGAUAUCAAAAUUUGAUAUGUUAUUUAAUUUAACAGAAGUUCCAGUGUAAUUUAUAUCUGUGUCAUUAUUACUAUUUCCCAAUUUUGUUUUUUUACGUUUUUGAAAUUGUUUAA